GAUAACACGAGCGCUUCCGUCCUGAAGCAUCUCAUCUCAACUCUUGUCAAGUCCGUUAUAAAUCACACAAUUUGCGUUACUCGCGCCGUCGUGUAGUGGAACUCGCGCGUGCUCAACGAAUCUCUCGCUAUCCCGUUAUCGUUGACCUGUUUCGGAUGAGCGCUUCUCCGCAGACACUUUUGACAGGCUGAAUGUUUUCCUGGAGACCCACCGAAAAGAGAUGUCCAGGAGAAGCUCAAGGUUAGUGACCAAAGGGACGCCCACACCCGAUGAUGAUGAUGCCGCCAGCACCAGCUCCACUGGAUCCAUCAGCCAUGUCUCUUACAAAGAGAGUCCUGUCAGGAUCUUUAAAAAAAGGAGCACUCGCAAGGGCACAGGCAGCGUGUCCCGUAACUCAAGCCGAGCCAGCAGCGUGAGUCAGAUACCAAGCGGACAAGGCGUUGGGUUCACGGCCAAUGACAGCGAGAACGGCAAGACGUUUGCUGUUCCUGGUUUCUCCUCUGGAUAUUCCUCAGCUGAGGAACGCUAUGACAAACCCUUCAACUCAAGCCCUAAAUCUACCGAAUCUGUCUCUGAACCAGAGUUUACCACGUGGGAGAUGCUUCAAUCUCCAGCUCAAGCUCUGGUUAUGCUCUACUGGUGGGUGGGCAGCACAUGGUACUGCUUCACCUCUCGUGUGUCAAUGAUCAACGUCUUUCUGCUCAGCAGGUGCACUGCAGAUAUAAGAAAGGCUACUCUGCUCAUCCUCCUCCUCAUCUUCCUCCUAUUUGGAAUAUGGUACUGGUUCCCAUUUGUCGCCUCUUCUCGCCCUCGUGAGGUUGUUUCAAGACCUCCACCUGUUAAACAUUCAGACAGACCCGUGAGAGCAGAAGUUCAUGUGAGCAGAUCUCAUGAUAAUUUCCAACAUGCCGAUCUGUCUAAGCUGAAGGAUGAGAUCAACAGCUUAUAUGAAAGAGAAGCCAGCUUGAUGAGAGAUAUUGAACUGUUGAAGUUAGAGAGUGACAGACAGAAGGUCAGAUCUGAGAUGCAGCAAACCGAUAUGAGGCUCAUAAAGGAUCGAAUGCAAACUGUCGAGACUGAGCAUGUGCAGCAGAAUUCAGACCUGAAGUCAAGUCUUGCAAAGCAGCAGUCGGCAUUGGACGUCCUUGAACAAAGAGUUGACGCCCUAGAGGCUCACAAAGCCAAUCUGAAGGCAGAGCUGUCGGAGUGGCUUGUGAAACACUUGAAGGAUUCAAGCUCACCGAAAUCCACCGUUGUCGUCCAUUCUGAGCUGCAGGGGGUGCUAGAGGAUCUGGAGAAAAAAAUAUUAGACAAACUAAGGCAUGAAAAAGAGAGCGUGAGGGAUGCGUGGAGAACUGUGGGAGAGACACUUCAACAGGAAGGAGCUGGAGCGGUCACAAUACAGGAUGUGAAAGAAAUUGUCAGCAGGGCGAUUAAUCUGUACAGGGCCGAUGGAAUCGGAAUGGCGGACUAUGCUUUGGAAUCAUCUGGUGCCAGCGUAAUAAACACACGUUGCUCAGAGACAUAUAAGACCAGAUCUGCAUGUCUGAGUUUAUUCGGCAUACCCCUCUGGUAUCAGUCGGAGAGCCCUCGCACGGUUAUACAGCCAGAGCUGUCUCCCGGGAAAUGUUGGGCAUUCAGAGGCUCGCAGGGUUUCCUGGUGAUCUCGCUGUCCUACCCCAUAAGGAUCACUCACGUGUCACUCGAACACCUUCCCAAAGAGCUCUCGCCAACGGGAAGCAUCGACAGCGCGCCGAAGGAUUUCGCCGUUUAUGGAAUGUCUAAUGAGAAAGAAGACGGAAAAUUGCUCGCGACGUUCACGUACGACCAGGACGGAGAGCCCAUCCAGACUUUCAAGCUUCCUGAAACAUCGGACAUGUACGGCAUGGUGGAACUGAGAAUUUUAAGCAACUGGGGCCACCUGGAAUACACCUGCGUGUAUCGAUUCAGAGUACACGGAGAGCCCCUGCUCGCAUGAGAGCGGAUCUCAAAUCAUUCUGGUUUACUCUAUGCAAAAAUAAUAUAAUAAAAAAGUGCACUGGA